UUUCCUCUUACACUUCACUGAGAGCUUCCUGGAUCUCUCAACACACACUCUGAAACCUCAGCACAAAUUGUAACUUCACUAGCAAAAUGAUCGUUUACAAGGAUAUUAUCAGCGGUGAUGAGAUGUUCUCGGACAUCUACAAAAUCAGUACAUCCAAUGAUGGCCUCCUCUACGAAGUUGAAGGAAUGUUCAUCACCAGGACAGAUGACAUUGAUGAGAGAUUGAUUGGGGCCAAUGCCUCUGCUGAGGAAGUAACAGAGGGCACUGAGACAUCCUCCGUUUCUGGUAUAAACAUCGUCCUUAACCACAAACUGCAGCAGACGGGCUUCAACGCGAAAUCGUACAAAAUGUACAUCAAAAGCUACGUGAAGGCCGUUCUGAGCUUGCUGGAACAAAACAACCCAGAGAGAGUGGAGGCCUUUAAGAGGGGUGUCACACCAGUAGUUAAGAAGAUCGUGUCAAACAUAGAUAACUAUCUGUUUUUUACAGGAGAGUCCAUGAACACAGAGGGCAUGGUGGUACUGCUAGACUACCGUGAGGACGGCACCACGCCAUUCAUGCUUUUCUUCAAAGAUGGUCUGCUGGAAGAGAAAUGUUAACUGGAACUACAUCUGUAGCAGAAGGAUUGCCAUGUUGCACAGUGCCUGAGCAGAAACAUUUUUGUACAAAUUUUUGGCCAAGGGCCAAAUUAAACAUGACUCGUCCUUCCUUUUUCUUUCUGGCUUUGCUUUGUUUAGUUUAUUACCCAGAAUUGGCCAAUUUCUUUUAAAAUUUAUAAAAGGUAGGACAGUGAAUGAAGCUCUGCCCGUAUGUGAGAUGGCUUUUCUUCUGUCUGCGUACUGUCUCUACAGGUUGACCUCCUCCGGCCGCUUGUUUUUGGUUGCAUUAAAUACAAUUCCAUUUACAGUUAAAAUACUUCGGGUUUCAUUUGCAAAUAAAAUCUAACGCCACCA